UUUCCAAUACCAAAAUUAAAGGUCGUCACCGUCACUUCAUAUGUCUGUCUCUAACAGGCUGACGUUUUCAAACGAGAUGAUAAUUGCCUAAGGAGAUCUCUCUUCUGGGAUUCUAGGCCAACGCUUGGAAAGGAUUCUUCUCUAGAUAAGGCAAGAAAAACUGGGUGAUAUAAGUUUUUUUUGAUGAUAUUCAUCAAUGAAAGUUCAUUAGUUUCUAAUUCAUAAGUCAAAUAUUGUUGGGUUUCUUUGAUUUUGUUAAUUCCUUGAACUUGGGGUUUGAUUUGACGAGAUUCGGAGCUGUUUUUUGGGAAUAAAACAAGAAAACUCUCUAGUGGAUAAGGAAGAAAAACAGUGAAAAUUUCUAGGAUAUUUAUGGAUGUGUUGAACUGAAAGGUUGUUGGGUUUUUUGAGUUUAAAACUUGUUCUUUAGACUAAAAGGGGAAUACUCCCAGCUUACUCUUAUAGUGUAUAAGGUCUUAAAUAAUGGGAGAAGAUUUACUCACAAGCUUGUCUAUUGAGAAUCACCACCCAUCAACGGUUUUAUCUAUGGAUUCAAGUUCAGUCUCUCAUGAGGAACUAGACAGAGAGAUGAACAGGCCGAUUGCUCUUUCUAGACCACCUGAUAUUAAUCUAAUUCCUCUAUCAGCUGAGCCUAGUCCACCACAAUCCUGGAACUCUGAUCCAUUAGAUAUGUUAGAUGUUGGUCUUGGAACUCAAGUCAAUGAGGUUGAUACUUUGGUCACGGUUUCCAAAAGUGGGCGUAAAUGUGCCAAGAGAUUGGAUAGUGUUUGGGGUGCUUGGUUUUUCUUUACCUAUUAUUUUAAGCCUGUCUUCAAUGAGAAGUCCAAAGUUAAGGUGACUAGGGAUGGAAGUGGAGUUUCAGGGUUUGAUAAGUCAGAUCUCGAGCUAGAUGUGUUUUUGGUACAGCAUGAUAUGGAGAACAUGUAUAUGUGGGUUUUUAAGGAGAGGCCUGAGAAUGCCUUGGGUAAGAUGCAGUUGAGGAGUUACAUGAAUGGGCAUUCGCGUCAAGGGGAGCGUCCUUUUCCGUUUAGUACCAAUAAGGGAUUCAUUCGAUCACAUAGGAUGCAGCGAAAGCAUUAUAGGGGUCUCUCUAAUCCGCAAUGUGUACAUGGAAUCGAGGUUGUUCCGUCACCCAACCUCAAAGGUCUUGAUGAAGAAGAUCAAAAGAGGUGGAUAGAACUUACCGGAAGGGACCUGAACUUCACAAUCCCACCCGAAGCAAGUGAAUUUUGUACCUGGAGGAACCUUACUAGCACGGAAUUUGAGCUUGAUAGACCCCUUCCUCCUUUGAAAACUCACCCACAGCCGCAUCAAAAAAAGUUGCUUAAUGGAUCUGGUUUAAAUUUGUCAACUCGGCCAUCAAACCAUGCAAACGGUUGUGUCAUGGAUCUCUCUCCCGUCAGCAACAAGAGGAAGAAAGAUUUGUUUCUGAAUGGAGACGAUGAAGACUGUUGUUUGCUCAUUAAUCAGCAUAAUGAUAGGGUCAAUGACACAGAGAUGCACCCAAUCGAACCACCUUGGUUAAAUGAGUUUAGUGGAGUAAUGAGAAAUGUGUAUGGGCCGGUUACGGCUGCAAAGACUAUUUAUGAGGAUGAAGAAGGAUACCUAAUUAUCAUCAGCUUGCCUUUUGCAGACCUUAAAAGGGUGAAAGUUAGUUGGUGGAAUAAUCUAACGCAUGGUGUUGUAAAGAUAUCGUCUAUGAGCACAGCUUGCAUGCCCUUUAUAGAGAGAAACGAUAGAACAUUCAAGCUUACAGAUCCAUCGCCUGAGCAUUGUCCUCCGGGAGAGUUCAUAAGGGAAAUACCUUUACCAACCAGGAUUCCUGACGAUGCUAAGCUUGAGGCAUAUGGUGAUGAGACCGGAACAGGUCUUGAAAUUAUAGUGCCAAAGCACCGUACAGGUCCUGAAGAACACGAGGUUCGCGUCUGCCUUCGUCCUCACCUCGGUUCAAAGGAGCUAUUGCUGUCAUGACUUUCGAUCUUGAGACUUUUGUUGGUGUUGUGGUCAAUUUUCUAUUAUUUGUACCAAAAGGAAAUUUUUAAUGAAAAUAAACCUACAUUUUUCCUCA